CACGAUGUGUAGGAGACAAGGGGGGAAAAUUCGUUCUGUCGGUUGCUGCCACAAACCUGCGACAUAAAUAUGUUUUUUACAAUAAGUUUGUGACUUUAAGGAUGAUAAAUCGAGACCAACAAACUCGACAGUCAUACUUUAAUCACAAUCAUUCAACCACACAGCAGCACUGAGUGUCUGAGGUGAAACCAGAAUCAAACCACCCCUCCCUGUGAAUGUGAGUUUCUCUGGGACACUGCAGCUCACCUGUCACCUGCAGCAUGAAGAUCGCAGUAGAAGGCUGCUGCCAUGGGGAGCUGGACAAGAUCUACGAGACCAUCGAAUACCUGGAGAAGAAGGAAGGCGUGAAGGUGGACCUGCUGCUCUGCUGUGGAGACUUUCAGGCAGUCAGAAAUGAGGGAGACAUGAAGUGCAUGGCAGUACCUGCCAAGUACAGGACAAUGCAGACUUUUUACAAAUACUAUUCAGGAGAGAAGAAAGCUCCAAUCUUGACUAUCUUCAUCGGCGGGAACCAUGAAGCUUCCAACCACCUGCAGGAACUGCCUUAUGGAGGCUGGGUGGCUCCAAACAUCUAUUAUCUGGGUUACGCUGGUGUUGUUCGCUAUAAAGGGAUUCGAAUCGGAGGUUUAUCUGGAAUCUUCAAAUCACACGACUACAGAAAAGGUCACCAUGAAUUCCCUCCAUACAACCCUGAAACGCUCCGAAGCGUGUACCACAUCAGAAACAUUGAGGUUUUCAAAUUAAAACAGAUCCAGAUGCCUGUUGACAUUUUCAUGAGCCACGACUGGCCUCGUCGGAUCUACCACUAUGGAAAUACGGGUGAACUGUUACGGAAGAAGAAGUUUCUGCGUCAGGAGGUGGAGUCCAACACUCUGGGGAGUCCUGCAGCUGAGGAGCUGCUAGCUCACCUCCAGCCCAACUACUGGUUCUCUGCACAUCUGCAUGUGAAAUUUGCCGCCGUCAUGCAGCAUCCGCCCAAAGGUAAUGCUGCUCCACGUGUCACCAAAUUCCUGUCUCUGGAUAAAUGCCUGCCCUACAGGGAAUUCUUACAGAUUGUGGAUGUUGCAGAGAGACCAGGUUCCUCUGAGGGUCUGGAAUAUGAUCCAGAGUGGCUCGCUAUUCUGAAGGCCACCAACAGUCUGCAGAGGACCACCCCUCACCCCUGGAACCCCCCGGAAAACAACGGCCUGCAUGAACGGUGGGACUUCAGCGCCUCAGAAGCAGUGAUGAUGCAGGUGGUGGAGGAUCUCAGCGGCGAACUCGCCAUCCCAGACAACUUCAGUCGGACGGUAUCGGCCUACGACCCCAACAAGCCUCAGCCUCACACCGCCCCGAGCUGCAGCACCAACCCUCAGACCACCGAGCUUUGUGCCAAGUUGGGUCUGACCGACAUCUACGCCACGGUCGGACAGCGAGGCGACGAGGCCGGGAGGGUUCAUGGAGGGGGGGAGGAGGAUGAAGAUGCACAGAGUGUAGGAAGUGCAGACGAGCCCAGCGAGUAUCCGACUGAUACUUCAGGACUGUCAAGUUCAUUUAACCCCGAUGAGAUCACGAUAGAGGACGAAUGGGAGGAAGAGGAGGAGGCGCCUAAAGCAGACGUACGAGCAGGUGAACUCACCACCCCGAGUCGGCUGGUUCUGCCUGAACCCAAAUCGGAUAUUUCACCAUCUCCUCUGUCCCGCCUCAUGAACCUGCCGCCUCCCUCCCACUCCACGCCGGCAGUAGCUCAGUCCAGAGCAGAAAGGGAAGGACAGUGUGACGCCAGCGAGGAUGAUGACGUCACGGCUGCUCGAAUCCUCAAACGAAGCAGCAACGAGUCUGCAGAUGGCGGCAGCAGAGGAACAACACCCAGAAUCAAACGAAGGAACCAGGUGAUCUAUACAGCGACGGAGGAUGAUGAGGAGUGUGAGGGCUAGAGGAGGCAUUUAUCAGUGUACAGUUCUCUAUUAGUUUGUACUGAUUAGAAACUAUUGUGUUUGCUGUCUGUCUUUAGACAGCUUCACACAUAAAGUUUGUUAAAAUGCCCUAAAAACAGACUGUACACAACAAAUAAGAUUCUUUUUGUAAAGAUGGGCAACUACAGCUACAAAUACGAAUUUUUCUUUGGUCGAAAUAUGAUUUUUAUGUAUUUUAAUCAAACCAAGAAAUUUUUUAGACAACAGAUUUUUGAGUUCUGUUUAAUUUUUGUACACAAAUUUUCAAGAUUGAAGAGGCUGAAAACGUGAAAAAAAUGUUUUUUAAAUAAAUUAAUGACGCAAACAAAAGGA